UGAGGAGACAGGGUGUGGCUCACAAGAGGAGAGUAUGUUGCCUUAAUACCCCAGCACAGGUCCUCUUCUACCAUAUUUUCAAAGGGAAAUCAUAUUUUUGUACCCUUUGCUUUGCUUUGCUCUCUUUUACAAUUUAAUUCCAUACUAUUUCACGUGCAAUUCUGCUGUACAAUUUUUUUUUUUUUUUGGGCUUUGGGUGUUCAUCAAAUGCCUUUAAAAGCUCACUUCUUCAACCCCAAACUGGAAUCUCUCAAGGCUGAUAUCAGAAUUCUGUUCUAUUUUUAUUCUUGGGGGGUGUUGUCCUUCUCCAUCUUAAACUGCUUGGUAUGAUUCUUAUUUAAACAAUUAAGGGUUUUGCUUUUUAGUUUGGAGAGAGAAAGAGAGAGAAAGAAUGGCACUAGAUGCUGUGGUGUUUCCGCAGGACUUGUUUGGUUACAACAGCAAAGAUCUGUACAGCUUGUUAGGAGGGAAUUGGAGCUAUGACUUUGGGUUGGAAAAGCAAGAAGAGAGAGUGUGUUUCGAUCAUCAUUUUCCUGACAACCAAACACCCGAGACUAACAGUUUUCUUCAUGGAGAUUGGAGUAAUUCUUCUUCACCACCUUCCAUGGUUCCACCCCAUUUCGGUGAUCAUCAUCGACUGCACCACCCGAACUCGUCCUCGGAUGCUACUAAUAAUGCUAAUGGAUCAACCAACGGCGGCGAACCCUCAGCCUUGGAUACUUCAACAACUACUUCGACUCGUGCCAAGAGACGUCGAUCCAAGAGUAGGAAAAACAAGGAAGAGAUUGAGAAUCAAAGGAUGACUCACAUUGCUGUGGAGAGAAAUAGAAGGAAGCAAAUGAAUGAAUAUCUUUCUGUUCUUCGAUCUCUAAUGCCUGAAUCUUAUGUCCAAAGGGGUGAUCAGGCAUCGAUUAUUGGAGGUGCUAUCAAUUUUGUAAAGGAGCUUGAGCACCGUCUUCAAUUUCUAAGUGCUCAGAACGAGGUGAAGGAAAGAUCAGACGGUGGUAGCAGCAGCAGCUGCUCAGCUUUUGCUGAAUUCUUCACAUUCCCACAGUACUCGACUAGUUCAACCCGGAGUGAUAGUUCCAUCUCCAUGAAUGAAACAAUGGUUGAGACUCAAUCUGCUAUAGCUGACAUCGAAGUUACCAUGGUGGAGAGCCAUGCAAACCUCAAAAUAAGAGCGAAGAGGCGACCCGCGCAGCUCUUGAAGGUGGUUUCAGGGCUGAAUAGUAUGCGUCUCAGCAUCCUCCAUCUCAAUGUCACAACAGUUGAUCAAACUGUCCUCUAUUCUCUCAGCGUCAAGGUAGAAGAUGAUUGUAAGCUGACUUCUGUGGAUGACAUUGCCACAGCAGUGAACCAGUUACUAGGUAGGAUUCAAGAAGAUGCCAUGUUGAAUUGAAAUUUCCCCCAUCACUGUAAUUUGUUUCUCCUUUUAAUUUCCCCUUCAUAUCCAUAUAUGAAGGCUUUUCUUUCAGUUCCUUUUCUUCUCAGGUUGUUCCUGAAAUUGCCUAUUGCCACUGAUGUCCCUCCAAUCUCAUUAGUGUAGUUCUGUUUUAGGCCACUCUCUAGACUUCUGGUGGAUGAACUGCUUUAGAAAAACCUUUCUCUGUUUCUUUCCCCAGAAUCAUCAUAAUUUUCAAAUAAAUUAAAUUUUUAUUCUGUCUU